ACUUCAGCUCAGGUCAUGAUCUCACAGUGUGAGUUCGAGCCCUGUGUCAGGCUCUGUGCUGACAGCUCAGAGACUGGAGCCUGCUUCGGAUUCUGUAUCUCCCUCUCUGCCCCUUCCCUGCUCAUGGUGUCUGUCUGUCUGUCUCUCUCUCUCAAAAGUAAACAUUAAAAAAUUUUUUUUAAAUAAAUAACUUUUAGGAAAGUCUAAAUAGCCAACAACUGAAAAGAGCCUAAAUGUUUAUCUGUAAAGGAAUGAAUAAAUCACGUUAUUAUGUGUGCAUUAUGAUUAUAUAUAAAAUAAGUUAUAAUACAAAUUUUUAUUUCAUUUUUAUUUUAUUGAUGAGUAAUAUACUUCUCUACAAUAAAAACAAACUAUUGAAAAAUACAGUAUGGAUGAUUCUCAACAUUAGGCUGAUCUAAAGAAACUGUAUACCAAAGAGUAUAUCCUGGUGAUACUGUUUAUAGGAACUUCUAGAAGAGGCAAAACAAUCAAUGGUAUAAAAACAUGGUGGGAGUUAACUGUGGAGGAGCAUAAAGGAAACAAUGGAAAUGUUUCCAGUGAAAUGUUCUGUAUCUUGAUGGGGAUGUGGGUUACUCCAAAUAUUUACUUAUUUCUUUAUAAAAUUCAUUGUUUUGUACAUUAGAUUUAUGCAUUUUACGAAGUAGAUUUUACUUAAAACUGUAACAAAUACUGAACUCUAGAUAAUAAGUUUUUUGCAGACAUGAUUAGCAAUUGUGAAACUGCUCUCUGUAUAUUCUAAUAUAAUCUCUAUAUACUCUCAUUGAGCAAAUGAGUAAAUAUAUUGAGGAUAAUGCGAACCAGGCUUCUCCCUGUUGAAGAAGGGAAUAACAAGUGUGUAAGGGGUAAGACUACCUUGUUUCCCAUGGUAUUAGAUAUUAUAUUCAUAUUAAAUACCAAUAUGAAUUCAUAGUUUGUAACAGACAGAUAUGUAAUCAUGAGGAAGCAUCAGCCUAAUUUAAAGUGAGGGAUAUUCUUCAAUAUAAUUCACUUUUCAAAUCUUUUAGGGUUAAAAAGUGUAAAGAGAUUUUUAAAAAUGGUGGAGUAGGUAACUCCAAAACUUCAUCUCUCCACUAAGACAGUCAGUAAGCUGGCAAAAACUGUCAAUCAACUUUUUCAGAUCUCUGGAAUCGAAUCAGACUUUAAACGACCAGGGGAAUGUUGAAAGAAGAAGAUGCUGAAAUUUGAUAAGAUAAAGUUGUGGCGUACUUACUUGAUAACCACUUCCCCACUCCACAGCACAAUGGCAACCAUAAAGAUUGUGGCCCUCAGUCCUAGUACAACUUGCUUGUGCCAGAGCAAGCAGUGCAGACCUUGUCCUUGGAGAAUAUAGAUGUAGGCAGUGACCUCUCUGGUCAAUGAGGCAUCUCUACUUGCAGGCUUGCCUUUGUAUUGCCUUUAUUGGAACUCUUAGGGAUGGGGUGGCUUCCCAAGUGGCAUUUUUCAAAAGCACUUAAAGGUAAUAAAUAUACUAGUGACAGCGGGCUGAGAAAAGCAGCAGACAAACCAAAGAGCCUGGGAAAUGAAGAGGCAGCUGGAGAUAGAGAACAAGGACUUUGAAGUGCUCCACCAUAUACUAAGGAAUCUGGAAGGCCUAUGCAUGCCCGGAACUGAAUGAAUACUUAUAAGAAACCUUAGCAGACCCUAAGCUUUCACCUCUGGCUGCCUUUUAUCUUCCAUGCAAGCAAGAAGUGAAGGCAAAGACAGAUUUUUUAAACAGUGGCUAAGCAUUGAAAGAAGGCCCAACACAAAGCCAAUCUGUAAAGACAUGGAGAGUAUUCCCACACAUACAUAUUUGACUCCAGGAAUUUAAGGAAAUCUCUGUCAGAUCACCAGCUGACCUCUAAGGUAAUGGAACAGAGACUUGAGUGACCAUGCUUGACAAAGCAUUCAGUAUUUAUGAAAAGAAUUUAGAAAAGUCACUAAAGAAGUAACUACAACCCACACAAGCAGCAGCAACAAACCCUGAGGAGGGAGACUCGGGUUCCCAGAGUUACCACAUUAUAAUAUACAAAAUGUCCAGUUUUCAGCAACAAAUUAUGCUUUCAAAGAAUAAAGUAUGGCCAAUUUCACAGGAAAAAAAAUAGGAACUAUCCUUGAGAAAGCUUACUACAAACUUUAAAUCAAUUGGCCUAAUAUACUUAAAAACCUAAAGGAAACCAUAGGCAAAGAACUUAAAGGAAACAAGGAGAAUGAUGUAUGAACUAAUAGAGAAUAUCAACAAAAGAAAUUUUUUUUUAAUUCUGAAAACUGAAAAGUACAAUAACUGGAAGAAUUUCAUUAAAAGGGUCUAAUGGCAGAUUUGAACAGGCAGGAAAAAAAGAAUCCAUGAACUUGAAGAUAGGUCAGUUGAUAUUAACCAGUCUGAGAGAUAAAAAAAGAAUGAAGAGAAAUUAACAGAGUUUAAGAUACCUUUGUGACAUCAUUAAGUAUACCAACAUAUGUCUACUAGGAAUCCCAGAAGGCAAGGAGAAAGAGAAGAGAGCAAUAUUUGAAGAAACAAUUGCUGAGAGCCUUCCAAAUUUAUUGAAAUAUGUGACUCUACUUUAGGAUAAAUUCACAGAUACCUACACUGAGACACAUUAUAAUCAAACUUGAAAACUAAAAUGAAGAAUCGUGAAAGCAGGGAGUUUGUUGCCAGUAGAUCUACCAUAUUAAAAAAAUGCUUAAGGCUGAAAUAAAAGGGCACUAGAUACUAACUUGAAGCUAUAUGAACAAAUGACAUCAGUUAAGGUGACAACACAGAAAAUUUCCCAGGAACGAGAAAAAUUUGCUGAUGAAGGCAGUAUAUUUUAUACCCUUGGAGAAUGUGGACUCAUAUCCUUUUCAGACUACAUUUUCCUUACAACUGUUCUUUCCACUCCUCAGAGAAAUUUUGAAAUUGCCUUCAAGAUGUUUGAUUUGAACGGAGAUGGAGAAGUAGACAUGGAGGAGUUUGAACAGGUUCAGAGCAUCAUUCGCUCCCAAACCAGUAUGGGUAUGCGUCACAGAGAUCGUCCUACUACCGGCAACACCCUCAAGUCUGGCUUGUGUUCAGCCCUCACGACCUACUUCUUUGGAGCUGAUCUUAAGGGAAAGCUGACAAUCAAAAACUUCCUUGAAUUUCAGCGUAAACUUCAGCAUGAUGUUCUGAAACUAGAGUUCGAGCGCCAUGACCCGGUGGAUGGGAAAAUUACCGAGAGGCAGUUUGGUGGCAUGCUGCUGGCCUACAGCGGGGUACAGUCCAAGAAGCUGACCGCCAUGCAGAAGCAGCUCAAGAAGCACUUCAAGGAGGGAAAGGGUCUAACAUUUCAGGAAGUGGAAAACUUCUUUACUUUCCUAAAGAAUAUCAAUGAUGUGGACACUGCAUUAAGCUUUUACCAUAUGGCCGGGGCAUCUCUUGAUAAAGUGACCAUGCAGCAGGUGGCCAGGACAGUGGCUAAAGUGGAACUCUCAGACCACGUGUGUGAUGUGGUGUUUGCACUCUUUGACUGCGAUGGCAAUGGGGAGCUGAGCAAUAAGGAAUUUGUUUCCAUCAUGAAGCAGCGGCUGAUGAGAGGACUAGAGAAGCCCAAAGACAUGGGCUUCACCCGCCUGAUGCAGGCCAUGUGGAAAUGUGCACAAGAAACUGCCUGGGACUUUGCUUUGCCAAAACAGUAACCAAAACUGCAAGAGGGGCCUCCUCCUCCACCCAAGUCACCCUGGCCCCUUGAGCAGAGCCUUGGCACAAUCCUUCCUGCUGCUGCUUCUGGAAGUAGUGCUCCCUUCCUCCUGGGAAUGAUCUCGGGAUUCAACCAGUCUUCCCUCUCUACCCUUCCCCUGUCCCAGCAUCUCUGCUCGGCUCUGAUUCUGCCCAGUGAUUAUCCACCUAGGUUCUCAAAAACCUGAACAAGUCCUCAAAGUUCAGACUUUUGGCACCUUCAUCAGCACCAUGCAUUCAGGCACCCUAUGGAUAGAGAAUGCAUCCAUGUACCUGCCAACCCUGGGAAACAUCCUGUUCUCGAGUCAUUCUUGCUGUGGAUUCACAUUAAGAACAUUCCGGCUUUUCCUCCUGCUGGUAUUCUUAAGCCACAAGUUGGGAAGACCUCUGAAAGGCAAAAGGAAGUCUGUGGUGAAUGGUCAGGAGGAAGAGCCGGGCAUCCUGAGCUGGUGGGAAGCCUGAGCCAGAGGAAGGAUCCAUGUCAGUCCCCAGGGUGGCUCUGAGGCCUGCUCCUAGAAGGUGAUGUGCACAGUGGGAAUACAGCAAGAUUUGGAAUUUAAAGUAGCUGCUUCAUGGCUCUCCACUCCCGUCUUUUCCUCCCAGGCUUCCUAAGAGGACUCCACCAUGCUCUGUGCCUAAUGAGCAGUAGUGAUUGAGUUCAUGUUCCCUGCAAGUGCCAUUUCCCCUCCAGGAAUGUGCCUCUAAAGCCGAGGCCUGGCUCAGAGCCUGUCUGCCCUCUGUCUUAAACACUUGUAAAAUAUCACUUUAAUUAUAAGAGUUUGCAAUAAACUCCCCCUGCAAAGGC